AUGCCUCAACAGGGGAAUCCGAUCGCUACGAGCGUCCCUGUGCUGGACGUUAUACCCCGUCACGCGCCGUCUCCUUGGCUGCAGCUGGUGACACUGCUGUGGAAGAACGUGUACCUCAAGCGGCUGCGUCGCCGCUACAUCACCACGCUGCUCGAGAUUGUGUGCAUGGUCGUGCUCCUGCUGGGAAUCCAGGAGAGCGCCGUAGUGCGCGAGCCGCUCAUUCGCAGGGGCGAUACCAUCUUCGCGCCCAUCAGCCAAACCACCUUCUGGAACACGGAGCCCAGCAUGGUGCACGUCAAACAGGUGUUCUAUGCGCCCGCUGACAACAAGUACUUGUCUCGGCUGACGCGGGAAGCCUUCAAGAUGCUGCGCGUGCUCGACGUGAAAGGGCUGCCCUCGGAGAAAGCACUCGUGGCUGCCAUGCUGCGGCAGAACACGACGCCCGUGCACACCGUGGGGCUGCUCUACGGCAACAUAAAGCCCGGCGACAAGAACAGUGUACCUGUCAGCCUAAAGGUCACCUUCUUCGGCGGUCGCCUGCCUAUGGACGUGUUCGUCCACUACCCACAGCGCAUUCUGUCUCAGCCGGAGGGCCCAUCUGUGGAGGAGCGCUUCCCGGAGAGUAACACGUUGCUCCCCAUCAUGGGAACGCUGCAGCAGUUGCACCUGGAAAUGCAGGCGAUGCUGCACAAUCAUACCCAGUACACUCUGCACCCGGUGCGUCUUCAGCGCUUCCCUUACCCGAGCUACAUCGAGUACAAGGACACGAGGAACUACGCGCUGGUUCUCACACGGUUCUGCGUCGGCAUGUUGAUCCCGUUCGCUUUCUUCGUCGCUAUGCUCAGCGAAGAGAAGGUCACAGGUAUGAAGGAGAUGCUCCGGCUGGUGGGAGUAGGUGACUGGGUGUACUGGAUCAGCCACUACCUCAGCGCCGCCUUCAUGCACGUCAUCAUAGCGACGCUCAUGAUGCUGUUCGUGUGCGUCAAGCGGAACGAGGAAGGACGCUCCUUCAUCCAGUACAGCGACCCCAUGCUUGUGUUCUGCAUCCUGCUGUGCUUUGGGAGCUCGUGCACUAUGCACGCCACGCUGCUCUCCAUGUUCUUCAGCAGUCCGCACAGUGCCGUGGCCGGAGCCAUGCUGUACUGGACGUGCAGCUGCGUCAUGCCGUUCCUCCUUCUGGAGAACGACGGAGGCCAGGGUUACCACUUCAUCAGGCGCCCGCACAAACUCGUCACGUGCAUCUUUCCCGGCAUGAGCCUGCACUGGAGCUUCCGCGUGCUGGAGCGCUUCGAGAAGUUCGUGCCAUAUGGCGCUAACUGGUCGAACUUCUACGACCGGGCCGCCACUCCGGACAACGUGACGCUGGCAGAGAUCCUGUUCAUAGGCUUUGUGUGCGACUGUUUCAUCGUGGUCGCGGUCUGGUACCUAGAUAACGUGCUGCCCAUCGGUCCAGGAAUCGACAAGCCUCCGUACUACCCAUUUCAGAUUGACUACUGGAUUCCCCCUGUCGUGACCGUUGUGCCACCGACAAAAUCAGCAGCCGAAAUGCAGAACUUUCAAGAGGAUCCGAAGAGCCUGCCAGCCGCAAUAGAGAUCGUGAAAGCCGGCAAAGACUACAGCGGUCUGCUCGUCUUGCAAGACGUCACGUUGAGGAUCUUCGAGAACCAGGUCACGGUGCUUCUCGGGCAUAACGGUGCCGGCAAGACAACGCUACUGAACAUGGUCACCGGUUUCACGAAAUGCAGCGCGGGCAACAUCUUAGUUGAUGGCUUUGACAUCACGACUUCCACCAGGGAUGCCCGCAAGAACUUUGGCUAUUGCCCCCAAGGCAGCUUGCUCUUCAACGAUCUCACGGUUGAGGAGCACCUCAUCUUCUUCGCUGUCGUCAAGGGCACUCUCUACAAGGACGUGAAGCUGGAAGUGGUCACCCUUCUGCACGACGUCGGUCUGAUAAUGUACCGUUCAGACCUAGUCAGCAACCUUUCCCUGGGCUUGCAGAGACGCCUAAGCACAGCCAUAGCCAUCGUGUCCAAGCCAAAGGUGGUCAUACUCGACGAGCCCACGGCAAACAUGGACCCUGAGGCUCGUCGUGAGAUGUGGGAGCUGCUCCUCAAGAUUCGCCGCAACUGCUCCAUCUUCCUCACGACGCAGCAUCUGGACGAGGCGGACGUGCUGGGUGAUCGCAUCAUCAUCUUGGCGAACGGUCAUGUCCGGUGCGCCGGUUCCCCGGCAUUUCUGAAGCAUCGCUUCGGAACGGGCUACCACAUUAUUAUCAGCAAGUUACCUGGAGAGUGUGACGUCAGUGCUAUCGAGACUCUUCUCCGCAAGUUCGCACCCAAGGCGAGGCUGGAGAGUGACUCGAUCAACGAUGCCAUCUUCAUCUUGGGACAGAUUGUCUCGACGCGUCUCACCGUCACCAUGUUCAAGGAGUUGGAACAUCGCAGCAAGGAACUAGGCAUAGAGAACAUUGGCGUCCGGGUGACCUCGCUCGAAGACGUGCUUGUACAAGUGGACGAAGAGCACGAGGCGAAGCACACUGUGGGCAGGGAGCAGCACCUGUCAGCGAUUGACGUCAAGGAGGAUCUCGUAAAGGUGAUGGCCACCACGGUGUCCGAGAAGCCAGGACUCCUCACACAAGUGUGGGCCGUGCUCGCCAAGCGUGCCGCGUGCAUCUGGCGCCAGAAGAAGCAGUCGCUGUUGAGCUGGCUGCUGCCUCCGCUGCUGCUGACGGCAAUGUUCGAGCUCGAGUACUUGGCGCUGCGCCGCAGCAGCUGGGACGUCGAGCGAGUGUCCGACACGCUCGUCUUCACGUUCCCCGACGUCGUGCACUACGCACAGGGAUUCGUGCAAAUCAAGCACCCGAAGGACGGAAAGUUUUUCUAUGACUACAUCCAACCUCAGCUGAACCAGCGGUCCUAUUUCCUGCAAACGAUGCCCCCAGAUAUGGACAUUAACGGAAAGGCUCUUGAAAUAUCGAAAUGGAACCUGCGCUACUACAUAUUCAACGUGCACUACGGAUUUCAAAUCUUAGACGAAAACAAGUACGCACAUCCUUUUAAAAACAUCAGCUUUUGA